AUGACAGGAAAGUUUAUAUGGUUUGAAGGGAUACCCUUCCCAAGCCUGGAUUACUCAACCGAACUCCUGAGAGAGGUGCAGGAGAGUUUUCUUAUUAAAGAUGAAGAUGUCUUACUGCUGACUUUCCCCAAAUCAGGAACAAACUGGUUGAUUGAAACUGUCUGCCUGAUUUACUCCAAGGGGGAUCCCAAGUGGAUCCAAUCUGAGCCCAUUUGGGACCGCUCCCCCUGGGUAGAGAAUAAGUAUGGGUAUGAAUUACUAAAGGAGAAGGAAGGCCCACGUCUCAUCAGUUCUCACCUCCCCAUCCAACUCUUCCCCAAGUCUUUCUUCAAAUCCAAGGCCAAGAUGAUCUACCUCAUCAGAAAUCCGAGAGAUGUUUUUGUGUCUGGUUAUUUUUUCUGGAGGAGUGCAAAAUUUGUUGAGAAACCAGAAUCACUGGAAGAAUAUUUUGAAUGGUUCAUCCAAGGAAAUAUGCCAUUUGGAUCAUGGUUCGACCACACUCGGGGCUGGAUGUCCAUGAGAGACAAAGAGAACUUCCUGAUACUGAGUUAUGAAGAGAUGAAAUGGGACACGAGGAGCACUGUGGAGAAGAUCUGCCAAUUCCUGGGCAAGAAACUAGAACCAGAAGAACUGAACUCAGUCCUCAAAAACAGUUCUUUCCAGGCCAUGAAAGAAAACAAUAUGUCCAAUUACUCCCUUGUGAAGGGUUUGCAUUUAGAGGAAAAUGCACAUCUUUUGAGAAAAGGCGUGACUGGGGACUGGAAAAAUCACUUCACGGUGGCCCAAGCUGAAAUUUUUGAUAAACUAUUCCAGGAGAAGAUGGCAGACCUUCCACAAGAACUGUUCCCAUGGGAAUAAUGUUCUAAAUCUUCCAGAUCUUAUAUGGAUAUUGAUAUUUGUUCUCCUGCCCUUAUACAUGUGAGUGAC